GUGAUAUGCCAGUCUGUGUAGCUGGCUCAAGAAGUCAGUCCACUGCUGACAAUCUUCUAAUAUUACCAAGUUCUUCUGAUUUCAAACUGAUCRUGGUAAAGUUAGGCGUAUCCAAUCAAUCAUACUUGACUGGYAAUUAAUUAAUGCAAAUUACACCGCUGUUUAUAUAUACACGACGAUGUUGAAUCAGCAAGCUUCACUUUAGCUGCGAWCAUGGUUAGAAGCAACAUAUCWAUCUCCACAACUUUACCUCCUGCUACUGCAAGUACUCCAGCAGCUGAACCGGGUCCCGAUUGGSCAGUAGCUAGGAUACAAUGGGGCGCAGUAUGGGAAAUCCAYUGGAUAGGUCUUGGUAUCGCUUUUGCUCURAUUGCAGUCCAUUCACUAGUUGUUAUGGUCAUCGCAGAUAAAAGUAAAGCCUUUACAAAAAGACUUUUAUUCUACGUCGUCAAUACUCUGUUACUGGUACUAGGGACAGUAAGGGCUAUUUAUCUGUGGAUCGAUCCCUAUGAAUCCACUCAAAAUGGCGUGCAAGUCACUUUGUGGGUAAACAGAGUUCUUUUUGGUGUUGCUUUCCCAUGUUUGACGUCUGCUUUUUGUCUGAUCCAUGUCGCCUUCCUGGAAGUCUCCAAGAUAAAACUCGGCUCCAAGAAACUUCACAGCCUUCCUUUCGUCUCUGUGAUCAUCUUCAUGCAUUUUGUGAUCGUUUUUGUGUCAGACAUCACGGUUGCUUUUGAAGCAGACAAAAAAGAACUUUUGAUUGUCUGUCAAUCUUUCUUCAUUGUUUGGGGUUUUCUGAACUCUUUUGCGUUCUUCUACAGUGGAGGGAAAAUUAUCUACAAAUCCAACGAGGCACAAAAACAGCUCAGUCAGAUAAACAAAAACACUGCAAAGAAGAGUGGAGCAAGAAAAGAUUCCACGUCAAAAGUUGCAAGGGUCAUGAUGGUCACUGCUUUUCUGGGUCUCGCGUGUUGUGCUUUACAGAUCUACUCCAUUGUGGGUGUAUAUGGAUUGUAUUCCACCGUCGUGAAUCCUGCACCUUGGCCUUGGUACGCUUUCCAGACAGGGUUUCGCCUUGUGGAGCUUGCAAUGGGAUGGACGCUGGCAUACACUGUAGUCCAGCCUUCAGAAUACGGCAAAAGCGUUCUGUUUAAAACUUGUUGUCGGAAGACUGGGUCAGCAGAACACUGUGAUGUUAGCCGUCAAGGAACGGUCAGUCUAACCGUUGCUCCUCAGAACUGUGCAUAAAGCCA